AUGGAAACAAAUGACAGAACAACGUUCCAAAAACAGAAAGAAAACAUGAUCAAUGAUAUUGCUCUGGGACUCGAACAAACUAUCAAUAAUAUGAACGUUCUCAACAAGAAUCUUGAAAGUGUAAUAACGAUCGGAAAAGAAUUCGAAAACGUUGCUUCGCUUUGGAAGAAUUUCAAAAGGGCUAUUAUAACAAGUGAUGAGGACUUGAAUAAUGAACAAAUCAACUAA